GCUGUGCUUACAUCAGGGGGGAGACUGUUGGGAGAAAGGUCUGCAGCAGGAAGUGAGGAGAUACACCUGGAGGCAACAUAAAGGCUGAGUGUGGGAGAUAAACUGAGAGGCUUGAAGAAGAGGUACAGACGGAAAACUUGAGAAGAACUAGAGACAUCUAGAGGAUGAAGUGUGUUUCUGUUGUUGUGUUUGUGAGUCUUCUCUCACUGGGACACGCUGCUCCUCUAAACAGCUGUGAAAGUCUGCUGAAACCAAUAACUAUCAGCAAUGAAGACGUUGAACAUCUUGGUAAACACAGUCAGAGGCAGUAAAUAUAUAAUGUUGGGGAGGUGGCUGUACAUCGGGGGGAGCUCUGACCUCCCAGGAAGUCGCUCCCUAGGCCAUCUGAUGAGCAGUGUCUGGUUGGACAUCACUGCAACCCCCCAGAGCAACGUCCUCAAUCUCAUCCAGACUCAGAGAAUACACGAUAAAUGUUCCAGCUUAAUAUACAAUGUGACCUUUGAAAACAGCACUAUGUUGAUUGAGCAACCUUUUUACCUCAAGGAAGUCUACUUGGCAACUAAUGGCUCUGACUGUCUGGUUGCCUAUGAGGAAAUUAUCUCUGGUGAAAACACUUUCACCAGUCUUCUGCUCUUCAGCAGGAGAGAGAGUGUCUCACCUUCUGUUGUGGAGUUGCUCAAGAGACAAGCAGAGUGUCUCCGGAUGCCAUCGCCCAUAAUGAUGGACUCAAACAAUGAAAUCUGCCCAGACAACAUCUCGCCCUCCGAGGGGCUCAGUGCCCUCAACUCCUUGUUAGAGGCCAAGAUGGGACACCAAGUGGCAAGACUCCUGGAUGCUCUUUUUGAUAUGUUUGUCAACUGAUUUAUAAUGAGUUUGGAUCUGUGUCAUUUUGUAUGUGCAAGCAGUUUUUCCUCUGUAUCCCCAUCAGUACUUCAGAAAAUUAAGAUUAAAGAAUUGCCUAUUUUUCUUUUUAUUAUAAUUAAUGCUAGUAGUAGUGCCAUUGUUAUUGUUAUAGGCUGUGUCCUCUAUAAGAUCUUUUCAAAAGCAAGAUGUUUUCUUAUUAACACAAAGCGAAAAUACUGCGACAUAUUAAAAGUCAUACAAUGAGUCAUAA